ACUUAUUCUACCAUUAUUGAUGGUCUCUGCAAGCAUGGUAUGGUUGAAAAUGCAAAACAUUUUUUUGCUGAAAUGAAGGAUAAAAGAAUUUCUCCAAAUGUGUAUGUUUAUAGCUCUAUGCUACAUGGUUUCUAUUCUAUGGGGAAUUUGGAUGAGGCUGGAAGCUUAUUCAUCCACAUGCUUGAUGAAGGAGUGCAACCUGAUGUGGUAACUUUUACAGUUUUGAUAAAUGCACUUGGCAAACAGCGCAGAUUGCAAGAAGCCAGUCACUUGUUAAACUUGAUGAUCCAAAGAGGUGUGCAUCCUAAUACAGUUACUUAUACAACAUUGAUUGAUGCAUUUUGCAAGGAAGGGAGGAUGGAUAAAGCAAAUAAAUUUAUAGACUCGAUGAUUCAGCAGGGUGAGCAUCCUGAUGUAGUAACAUAUAAUACAUUGAUUAAUGCAUUUUGCAAAGGAGGGGGGAUAGGAGAAGUGAGUGAAUUGUUAAACUUGAUGAUUAAGAGAGGCAAACGUCCUGACAGUGUAACUUAUAACACAUUGAUUGAUGCACUUUGUAAACAAGGAAGGAUUGAAGGAGCAAUUAAAUUGGUAUAUUUGAUGAUUAAAAGAGGUCAAUGUCAUGACACUGUAACUUGUAACUCAUUGAUUGAUGCAAUCUGCAGAGGAGGAGAGAUGGAAGAAGCAAACAAAUUGGUAGAUUUUAUGAUUCAGCAUGGUCAGCAGCCUAACACAGUAACUUAUACCAUAUUAAUCGAUGCACUUUGCAAGAAAGGAAGGUUGAAAGAUGCAAAUAAAUUGGUGGAUUUGAUGAUUCAGCAAGGUCAACAUCCUGACACAGUAACUUAUACCACAUUGGUUGAUGCGCUCUGCAAAGAAGGAAGGAUUAAAGGAGCAAUUAAAUUGGUAGAUUUGAUGAUUCAGCAAGGUCAGCAUCCUAACACGGUGACUUAUACCACAUUGAUUCAUGCUCUUUGCAAAAUAAGAAGGAUGGAAGAAGCAAAGUCAUUGUUUGAGUUGAUGAUUCAAAGUGGUCAACAUCCUAAAACAAUUACUUAUAAUGUCAUGAUCAAAGAGCUUUGUAAAAAUGGGCAGAUAGAAAAGGCAAAUGAUUUCUUAAGCAAGAUGGAGAAGGGUUGUGCUCCAGAUGUGGUGACGUUUAAUACCCUCAUUUCUUGUUUCUCCAAAAACCGCAAGGCCUCCAAAGUUGUGGAACUUCUUUGUGUAAUGGAAAACAAUAAUUUAUCCCCUGAUGCAACAACCUUUUCCAUUGUCAUAAAUUUACUAUCAAACUUGAAGGAUAAAAAGCGUCAAGAAAUUCUGGACUUGCUGCCAACAUUUCCUGUCCGGUUUUAAAAGCAGGGUCUGAAUUUGUAUAAGGCUAUGAUGCACGGUGAUGAAGUCUCUUUGCUUGGGAAGAAAUAUUGAAAGCUUGAAGUUGCAACCAUUUCAUGACAACCAGUUCUCUGGGCCAUUUGGUUGAUGCCAUAUUGAUGUUAUUUUCAGAGGUGGUGUAGCCUACCUAGAAAUUUUGUCUAUCAGGUUUAACAGUUCCAAGGAGUUCAGUUGUCCUGGCUUGUGUCUCACCAGUGAAGUGGGUUAUAUAUAUACAUGAACCUCCGGUUUCUGCAUGUCAUCUCGCUCAGUGGAUGGUGAAAUGUUAUUUUUGCGUCAAAUUUCCCGAACAAAUUCUCCAAAUCUAUUGCAGCAUGCACCAGAUUGGGUAAAUGACCAUUGUAUUGACUCCCAUUAGGCUCUGAAGUACAGUAGCAGCUUCAUUGAAACCUAAUGAUGAGAAUAGACAAGGAAUUCUCUUGCAUCCGAACCCUGUUUAAGAGUAAACUUCUUCUCUUCGAUUCAUUUUUUCUUUU